GAUGGAACCGAUUUGAUCCUUUCCAAGUGUUUGAGGUUGAACACAUGCCAUGUAUGCUUUUCUACAUCAAGAUUGUCAAGGGAUACAACAUCACAAAAGGCUCCUAUACAAAAGACUGGUUAUAACCAUUCUCACUUAUCCCCGAGAGCGCUGCAACUGCAUGUGUCAUGAUACAUGAAACAACAACAGCUAAGUUAUGUUUCUUUUCUUUUUUAUAUCGCUACAACAAUUAUUUUAACAUGACGUUUCUCAAAGCAAAAACUGAACCUGAACACACCAGAAUGAAAUGCAGUAAAUGCUAGUGAUAAUAACGCACGGCAUGUCUACCAAUUAGCUCAUGAUAUUCUUUUCUCCAUAGGAGUUUUUCUUUUCUGCCAAUGCCUUCUCAAAUGAUACCAGGAAACCAGACUCAAAUAAGCUUGAUGUUUCAUCACAAUCAAGCUAAAAUAAUUAAAUAAUAAACUGCAACUAACUAAAACUAUGUUUCACAACUUAUUCAAAAACUAUUCACAAGUAGACUGUACAGUGGAUUAUUAAGAGUUAUUUUUAUAGCCUCCCUGAGAAAAAAGUGCAUUGACAUUGUACAUAAUAUAUUAUAUAGGUAAACAUCUUAGGUACACCUGGCUAAUUAUGAGAAAACCACAACAAAACUGUCAGUAAGUCAUUCUUCAACACCUACAGCUUCUGGAACACUUGAAUGACAGCUACUGGACAUUCCAGACCCGUAUGUGACAGUUAGCAUCAAGACUUCACCACAUGGCAUACAGCGUACCAAACAUCUUGACAAUGACAUCAACCCAGUCUGGAACGAGACAUUCAAAUUCUAUCUCAAUGCAGACGUCAACAAUGACAUGGAAAUAUCACUUUUUGAUGCUAACUACUUGAUAGAUGAACACUUAUCAACACAUACGAUAAACCUAUCAAGUCUUCCGCUACUGACAGAAACGGUGAAACAACGAGUCCAGUUCAACCAGACGUCAGAAGUUGACAUAGAAAUGUGGGCUGAAUAUGACAACAACCCUCAGCUACGCUACAGUCUUGCUCUUUGUGAGGAAGAAAAAUUGUUUAUGGAGAAGAGACGAGAGUGUGUUUACCAAGCAAUGCAAGAAAUACUGGGAGAUGAGGCUCCUAACUCUAUCAAUGAGGUACCAACAAUAGGGGUGUUGGGUUCUGGCGGAGGAUUUCGUGCAAUGACGGCCUUCUGCGGAGUGAUGAGUGGCCUGGUAGAGUCUAAAAUAUCAGACAUGGUCAUGUAUAACGUAGGACUCUCAGGGUCAGCAUGGUACCUGUCAACACUGUAUUCGCAUCCUGAUUGGCCGAAGAAAUCUCCACGUGAACUUCGUAAAGAAUUACGCGACAGUAUCGACUCCAGUCCAUUCUGGAAGCUCAAUCCAUCCAGCAUGUGGCGUUACCUAUCUAGAAUACAGGCAAAGCGUAGUCAGGGACAGCCUGUCAGUUUCACUGACUUCUUUGGUCAUCUGGUUGGGGAAACUCUCCUGCAAGGGAGACUGGAUUCAAAGCUUACAGACCAGCAACAGAAGUUGAAGGACGGCAAGAUACCGAUGCCAAUGUACUCGUGCUUGCAUGUGAAGAAACACGUCUCAGCCAUGGUGUUUCAUGAAUGGAUGGAGUUCAGCCCUUACGAGAUUGGUAUGCCAAAAUAUGGAACAUUUAUGGCACCAGAGUUAUUUGGGAGUAAAUUUUUCAUCGGUCAUCUUGUGAAAAAAUAUGAGGAACCACCAUUGCAUUUCUUACAAGGGAUAUGGGGCAGUGCGUUUUGUAUACAAUUUAAACGACUACUACAGGAUGACAAGAAGGUGAACCAACUUGAGGAGAUCCAACAGGAGAGGGAAGAAUUAGAUCGUGAGUUGAGUGAGGAGAUGUCAUUACAAGACAGUGAAUCUAGUGACACCAGUGACAGUGAAGGCGACGAAAAUAAUAAAAACUCUUCAAAUGAAAAAAAUAAAAAGAACUCUCAAAAUGGAACUUACCCACCGAAAAACGGGAAAAAAAAAAAUGGUACCAAAGAAAAAAAGCGUGAUUCAAUAUUUACAUCUUUUCUCGGAUCUUUGUUUGACACUCAUCCCUUCUUGAAGAGUAUUGACGGGCGAGCAGCAACAGUUCAUAAUUUCAUGCGUGGAUUGUCGCUUUAUAAGGCAUACCCGUUCUCGCCAUUUACUUCCAUCGACGACAGAAGCAGAAAUGAUCAAGACAAGCUGCAAGCAUCAAGUUACUUCAGUAAAAAACUUAAAGGUGUAUCACCAAAGAAACGGACAAAUUCUGGAGCGGAUGACUUUGAUACUGUCCCACAAUGCAGUGGUGGACAGGAAGUCUUGCUCCAGCAGGAGCUUGCUCGCCCCUUGUUCAGUCUUCCAAGUGAAAGUGAUCAAUCUUCACCAGGUACCGACCAGUUUGAUGGAAUAUUUGAGAUGUAUCCUACAUCCAUCAAGAAGUUAUAUGUGGUCGACGGGGGCCUCUCCUUCAACUCUCCAUUUCCGCUACUGCUGCGACCUCAGCGAGGGGUGGACCUCAUUCUCUCAUUCGACUUCAGUGCACGGGGUUCUGAUACAACACCCCCAUUCAAGGAACUGAUGUUAGCCAUGAAGUGGGCUAGGCUCAAUGAUGUACCAUUCCCCGAUAUUGACCCUACGGUUGUCGAUCGUGAGGGACUCAAGGAGUGCUAUGUGUUUGAAAAUCCAAAAGACCCAAGAUGUCCAAUUGUUAUGCAUUUUGUUCUUUUAAAUACCACCUUUCGAGAGUUCAAAGCUCCUGGCAGACGAAGGAGAACUAAGGAAGAAAAAGAGUACGCAGAUUUUGAGAUAUUUGACGAUCCCAAUCGGCCAUAUUCUACGUUCAACUUCAAAUAUACAAAUUUAGCAUUUGACCGUCUUGCUGACCUCAUGGAGUUCAACACGUUACUGUGUAAAGACCUAAUUGUUGAGAAUAUCAAAAAGUGUGUUAAACGAGUCGAGAGAUUUAGUGCAAUGAAGAAAAAGCCAAUCAUGUUAAAAGACAUCAAAAAAUUAAAUCUGAAAAAAUCAAAGGAGAAGCAGUUAGAACAUUUUGUGAAAUCCAUUGACAUUGACGAUGGUGACGUCCCUUUAUAACACAUUUUGACAUCACAUUUACAUCCAAAGGCUAAGUAAAAUAAGUGUGUGGUAUACUAAUUAAAGUAUGUAAAAAGAUUACAAGACUUUUUUUCAUUUUACAACAUUCAAAUAAUCAGAAACUUAAAACUUUCAUAUCAGUUGGUGCCAAAUUUGACUUGUGAUUUACAAGCUUGUUAUCUGUUAAUUAUUUUUUCAUUUUUCUAAACAUAUUUUUUUCUUACUGAAAUUCUUUUUGUUUAAUUCAUUUUCAAGAAAAAUAUUUCUACAGGACGGAAAUACAGGCAUCCAUAGUAUUCAGUCAUUGCCAAACAACUACUGUAAAAUCAUUAAUAUUCAUGGGGAUUGAUUUUAGUGGAUUCCGUAGUUCAGUCAAUCUGCAAAACUAAAUCCAAAGAUCACAUAGUUUAUUUCUAUCAUGUCUUUUUGAAUUAAAAACCAUGAAUUCAAGCCCCACAAAGUGAUUUUGUGGACAAAACCACAAAAUUUUAUGCCCACGAAAUGAAAUGAUUACACAACAGCCAUGAAAAAAUUGACAUCCACACAAUUAUUUUAUUUAGCCUAGAUAUUUAUGCUGCCAUACAACAACAGAACCAAUGCCCCUCAUUAUCAACAUGCAUUUCAGAUCCCUGUGGUCUCAGUGUGCUGUGUGGUCUCAUGAGAAUGACCGUCUAGCACAGCCAGUUUUAAUUUUCAUAAAUUAUUUAUUCAAUAUUAUUUAUUACAUUUAAAUUUUUUUCUCCUUUUCAAACAAUUUUAUUUUCUGUAUAUUGAAAUUUAUUUACACACUGUAUCACUAAAAUUCUAAGUCUGAAUAUGAUGUCAUCAUGAUUUCUUUAUAGGAUGGUUUUCAACUUUUUGGAAUUAAGAUAUUACUAAAUGGUAAUAUAUCUGUUUGUUGGAACUUAAUUUCGCUGACCGAUUAGACCAUAAAAUUUAGUUCCUCAAGAAAAUUUAGGACUUUACAAAUAAAUUAGCAUAAAUUUAAAAUUCUUCAUGUAAAAUACAUUUUGAUUUCAUUGCAAGAAAUAGUUUGCUGUGGUUUUACAGCCUUGAUUGCAGCUUAGAGUGUAAGCAGACCAUUAUCUUAGCCUGACUUGCCCCUUUUUUAAUACUGCCCAUAGAAUCUCUCAUUUGGACCAGGUUUUUAAAACUGGAAUUUUUUUUUUUAUUUAAGAUGCUUUACCCAACCAGAUGCAUAUGUACAUUGUGAUUAUCAAUCUAAAACUUUGUAUAUAGUGGCUGGCUUACGGCUUUAUGGAAUUUUUAAAUAAAAUUUUCACAGUAGUUUGUUUUUUAUGUUCAAAUAUUUAUUUUAUUGUUUACUCAAAGACAUUUGAUAAGUCAUGUAUGCCAAAAUCAAAUUUAUUGAGAAUAUACAUGUUUUAUUCUCAUUUAAUAUAAUUUUAUUGCUUAUUUUCAUUUCAUUAAAUUGUUAUGUAUGGAAUUGGUCAUUCAACGAUUUUUUAACAAGUACAAAGUUUAAGAGUAAUUCAUAAUUUGGAAAGAAACUUUAAAAGUAGGUACUGUAUUUUCCCUAAAUGUUGAGACACUCUAAAAAUUUGCAAAAAUCAUUAUAAGUUGCUCAGCUGAUUGAGUGUAAGAAAGGUAUUGACAGAGACACCAGUCUAAGUCUGGCUGUACUUUUUCUUUCAGUCAGUGACACAUGUACUGAACUUUAGGCAGUGAAAAACAUAACUUGCUUAGUUUUUACUGUAUUUGUAAUUAAUCUCUAGUUCUAACAGAAAAUGAGAGGACAAACUUUAACUAAGGCUGGGAAGUAUGAAAUUGCAGACUUGAUGGUAAAAAAGAACCCUAGUAGCUCAGUUGAUAGAGAAAUGGAACAGUAUUCUGAGGCCUGGGGUUCUUCUUAAUUUUCCAUACAUAUUUUUUCUAUUCAAAACAGUGAUAUUCUUUAUUAAGUUUUAGACAAAAUUUCUUCUUAUACUGUGAAAUCAUUUAAAUUCGCUGGCAUGAAAUUUCGCGCAAACGUGAAGAAGGACUGUUUCGCGCGGGCUUAAAUUCGCGCAUUUUCAAUUUUAGAAAGGGAAAAAUAUAAUAAAAAAAUGAUAAUAGCAUGGUCUUAAAUUCGUGCAUCGGUCCUAGCGCGAAAUAUGCGAAAAUUCGUCCUACGCGAAUAAAAAUGAUUUUACAGUAUUUCAACAGACUGAAUCUUUAUAAUUGUGCUUAACAUUUUGUAAAUAGUAUCAAUUAUUUAUUCUUUUUUAAAAUGAACAACUUAAUAUUUUGUGUUGUCAUGUUGAAAAGGGACCAUCUUACAGGCUGAUGCAAAGGCAUAAAAGUGAUAAAUAUUUAAAAAAAAAAGAA